AUGCUCCACCUCCGGCAGCGCCCCCUCUCCCAUCUCCUCUCCGCCGCACCAGCUCCUUCCACAUCCCCUCUCCUCUCUCUCCACCGCCUCCUCUCCGCCGCCGCUGCCACCCGCAUUCCGCCAAACCCUAGCUUCGCCGUCGACGACUACCUCGUCGAGACUUGCGGCCUCACCCGUGCCCAGGCACUCAAGGCCUCCGCGAAGCUCUCCCACCUCAAGUCCCCAUCCAAGCCAGACGCCGUCCUCGCAUUCCUCGCCGGCCUCGGCCUCUCCGGCGCCGAUGUCGCCGCCCUUGUCGCCAAGGACCCGCAGUUCCUCUGCGCCGGCGUGGAGACAACCCUGUCCCCCGUCGUCGUCGGUCUCACCGGCCUCGGUCUAUCCCCCUCUGGUAUCGCGCGUAUCGUCUCUCUCGCCCCAGGACAAUUCCGCUAUAGAUCUGUCGUCUCCAAGCUAGAGUACUACCUGCCGCUCUUCGGCUCCAUCGACAACUUGCUCCGGCCGCUCAAACCCAGCUCCGGCUUCCUCGGCUCCCACCUCGAUAGGGCAGUCAAGCCCAACGUGGCCUUCCUGCGGGAGUGCGGGCUAGGUGAUGAUGAUAUUGCCAAGCUGUUCAUCCAAACCCCUUGGAUCAUCGCCGCCAGAGGGCAUGUCCUGGCGAUGGUUGCGUGUGCCGAAGGUAUAGGUGUGCCCCGUGGCUCUGGAAUGUUUAAGUCAGCGCUGCACGCCGUCUCAUACGUCAGCGAUGACAAGAUCGCUGCCAAACUGGACUACUUGAAGAAGGCGUUUAGGUGGUCAGAUACCGAGGUUGGCAUUGCUGUGUCCAAGGGUCCGUUCUUGCUGAGGAGGUCAAAUGACGUGCUGCAGCGUAUGUCAGAGUUCCUGAUCUGUGAGGUGGGGUUGGAACCGUUGUACAUUGCUCAUCGCCCCGCUAUGCUCACUCGUAGCCUGGAGGGCCGGCUCAGGCCCCGGUACCAUGUUAUGAGGUUUCUUAAGGAAAAUGGAUUGACAAAUCAUGACAGAGACUACUAUAGUAUGGUGGUGGUCAGCGAGAAGGUAUUUGUGGAGAAGUUCAUAUGCCCUCACAAGCAAGCUGCACCACACCUUGCUGAAGACUAUGCAGCUGCUUGCACAGGACAGGUGCCUGCUACAUUCAGAUUCACAUGA